AUGGCCUCGAGCCCGCGGAAGUCGAUUGACAGCCUGGCUUCUGUGACCUCGACACCUUCGCUGCAACAACUCGCCCACAAUACGUAUGACUCUCCACGGAUAGCACCCUCACAACGGAUACCGCAGCGGAGAUUGUCUACCGCUAGCUCUCUGGUUAGCAUUGGCGGGAUUCUGGAUUCAUCGACCCAUCGCUCCUCUAUCGCAGAGCUAGGUCAAAAUGCCAUAUCGACACUUCUGCAACCCCCCAUCGUCCGUACCGGACUCGUCGCUCAUACUUCCAUACCGGCAACGGGCUACAAACCUCCUACGGCACGGGAUAUACCUCCGGUGACGCUCACGAAUAUACCAAACGUUGACUCUAAAGAGUUCCAGCCUUACCUUGAACAAGUCGGUUCCUUAUAUGAUGCUUUUCAACGAGCGAAAGAAGAAAGCGGAAACGAUGAGAACGACUCGAAUUUGGUUAGGAAUAAUGCGGCAUUGUCUCCUUCAUCUGCACUCUCGCCUAGACCGGAUGAAUUCGAGGAUCGAAAGUCACCAGUACUUGAGCGGCGUCUAUCUGGUGUGUCGAAAAAUUCCCGAGCCAUCUCCCCGUUUGAUUUGAGAGGCAGAAGGCGCACAUCGUAUGGUAGAGGCCCGCAGGCAGUAACGCCGUUGUCAACGAUACCGAAUGUCUACUUUGAGGAGGACUUUCAUCUCGAGAAUCCGCGUACGUUUGAUGUCGUCUCCGAAAAGUCAGAAAUUGUGCGUCAACCCCCAAAACCCUCAGCAGGCAAUGGAGCAGCAAUCGAAUCGCCGGCAAUUGGAAGGAAAGCACUUGCGACAAAUGCUAUUCUGCAAGAAAAGCUCUCUUGGUACAUGGAUACAGUGGAAAUACAUCUGAUAUCCUCGAUUUCUACAGCAUCUAAAUCAUUCUUCACCGCACUAGGUUCGUUACGCGAACUUCAUGCGGAGGCAGCGGAUUCUGUGAGGAGAAUACAAAUUUUGCGAAAGGAUCUGAACAAGAUCGAUAAGGAAAUGGCAAUGGGAGGACUGAAAGUUGUCAAAUUGCGCCAGCGGCGCCAGAACAUUCGAAAGUUAGCUGAUGCCAUGAGUCAACUUCACGAGGUAGUAGUGGCCGUGACCGAGUGCGAAAACAUAAUUGAACAAGGAGACGUCGAGGAUGCCAUGGAUGGACUAGAUGAGGUGAAUCUACUGUUAGCUGGCGAACAGGCAACUAGACGUCGCAACCAGGAUGUUGUUGAGCAGAGGCCGCCCGUCGAUCUCAGAGGGCUCCAUGCUCUGCAAGGCGUUGACGAAGAACUUGCACGAUUAAGACAACGUAUAGGUGCACGGUACGAAAGCAGGUUUCUAGACGAUCUACUUACAGAUCUCAGACGGCAUAUUAGUAGUGUUCCUGGAGAUGCUACACUGCAACGUUGGGGGGCGUCUUUCCAAAGGAAUCGGGGUGGACACAGAGCAGCGCCUUCUAUCUCGCCAGCAUAUAUGUCUUUUGAUGCGGAGCUUAGGUCAAAACUACAUGCCGAACUGGUAGGAUUAGGCCGGUCACAUUAUACGAUGCCUGCAGCUACGUCCUUCAAGACAGCCGUCUUACGAGAGAUGAAAGCGCUUAUACGAAAACACCUUCCCAGCUCGUCUGAUGAUGACAAUGAGUCGGUAAUGUCCGCAUCUACGCAUGGUGGACGACAGUUGAGUUCGCAAGAAAAGUCUUCGAUUCUAGCUCGAAACUUGCGUGUACUCGAUGCCGACUCGGCGUAUGAUAUGCUGAAGCAGAUUUAUACUGGAGUUAGUGAAUCACUGAGAAGACUGGGAGUUCAGGUUAAGGUACUUUUGGACAUCACUAGCGGACUGGGAGCACAGCCGAGCCCGUCUGUAGGUCGGUCAUCGCCACGUAGCCCUGACCCGCAAAAUACCAGGGGUCCACGUUCACAAGGAAGUGCAGCCGAAGUGGCAGCGGUUCAAGAGGAGAUUCUUCAGGUUCUCGACAUGUCGAGUUUACUGGGUCAGGCAGUGGAUAUAGUGCAGUCCCAGGUUGUCAAGGUUCUCAAAGUACGAUCUGAGCAGACAUCAUAUCUCCCUAUUGGGGACUUUUUGAGGUAUUUCAGCCUUAAUCGUCUCUUUGCCGAUGAAUGCGAGGCCAUAUCUGGGCGCAGUGGAACAUCGUUGAAGACAGUCGUCGACAAUCAGAUUCGUGAUUUCAUUGUCAGAUUUAGCGACAACCAGCGGCACAAGAUUGUGGAAGUCAUGGAUGCGGAUAAAUGGGAUGCCAGAGAUUUCGGUGACGCCGAGAACGCCGUACUCGAUCGAAUUCUCCGUGCUAGUACAGCCGAUGUGAAUCAGUGGUUGCAAGUUUCGAAGAUCUGGCAACCUGCAGAAACGGAAUCACCCACACCAACCCCUAAGGCGGAGAACGGAACUGCCGUGAACGGUUCGGCAAAGGAGAAAGAAAAAGUACGCCAUGCUAGCUUUGACGAGCAGCGAUACGUACUUCCUGAAUCUGCGGUCACAAUUAUGAAGAGUAUUGAGGAGUUUGAGUAUCUCAUGGCAAACUUGCCUAGCAUGACUCAGGACAUUGGAUCGAACCUAAUUGAAUGCUUGAAACUGUUCAACUCGCGAUCUUCACAAUUGAUCCUUGGUGCUGGAGCUACCAGAAGUGCCGGACUUAAAAACAUCAACACCAAACAUCUGGCCCUCUCGUCGCAAGCCCUGAGUUUCAUCAUUGCACUUAUCCCCUACGUUCGAGAAUUUGCUCGCAGACAGUCACCAUCUAGCCAGCUCAUGGGCGAAUUCGACAAGGUGAAAAGACUGUGCCAGGAGCAUCAGAAUGGCAUCCACGAGAAACUGGUGGAUAUCAUGAGCGGCCGUUCGGCCAGUCAUGUGAAUUCCAUGAAGAAGAUUGACUGGGAUGCAGAAAAGGACCCCAAGGUUGUCAGCACAUAUAUGGAGACAUUGACCAAAGAGACGGCGACAUUGCAUCGUGUGCUUGUCCGACAUUUCCCUGAAAUGACAGUGAUGAUGAUUAUGGAACCGGUCUUUAAGAGUUAUAGAGAUCAGUGGACAAAGACGUUUCAGGAGGUUAGCGUCAAGACAGAGUCUGGACGACAGAGGAUGCUGUCGGAUGUCGAAUACUUCAAAUCAAAGAUGGGCAAAAUUGACGGAUCCAGUGAUCUGGGCGAUACGUUGAUUCAGGUCGUGAAUGCAAAGGCUAUUCUACCUGAAAAGACGAGUGCUUCUGAACCAGCACAGACAGAAGCUACCUCUUCAGCUAGCGAAGCGUCGUCCCCACCUGUGCCGGAAAAGGAUGACAAUAACCAGCAGAGCAAGACUGAGAAGAGCUGA